CAGCCCCCCGUCACAAUCUACAAGACCGACGCCGCAACAACAUGUACAAGUUUAUCCUGCUGUGUACCCUCCUGGUCGCCGCCCUCGCGCACCCCCACCAUGGUAGCAACCACGAGACCAAACACCACCACGACGAACAAGAGAAACCAGCAGCGGAGAAACCCGCCGAGGAGAAACCCGAGGCAGUAGAGGCCGAGAAACCCGAGGAGAAACCUGAAGCCGAGGCGAAACCCGAGGCUGCUAAAGAGGAGGCGAAGAAGGAAGCCAAGAAGGACUCGCACGAGUCUCACUCCCAUGAUUCCAACGAAGCUCCCCUUCCAGUCGAAGGUCAUUCCCAUUCCGCUUCUCCUGCCCAUUCCGCCUCACCCUCCUCAUCGCAUUCCCAUUCCGCACACUCUCACGACGAACACUCGUCCAAGAAGGACCAUUAAACUUUCCUACUUAGCUUUUAGAUCUUACAGUUCCAUACAAUAAAUUACUUUUAGUUUA